GGUGACAUGCAGUUUCCUCGGGCAUAGCUUCCUUGUUUGUGACUUCACUGAACUGCACAAGGAACUGGGGACAUCCUAUAAUAUUUCCUGACCUCCCUUGCCACCACUGGAUAUUUCUUUAAAGGAUGCAUCAUAUUGAAAAUGGGAUUUCGGACUAUAACGCACAUCCACUUGGGACAGAUGCAGUGUGGCAGACAAAUGAGUCGUCUGAGUCCUUACGUUAUCGGGGCCAUGAAGAGCAAACAUGGACCAAAAAAUUCCCACCGACAAGGGUACUAGAAGACCAAUGGGUGGACAUGUGGCUGGAGGAUGAAAACAGACCUAUAAAAGACCUGUAUUGCUCUAUACAGAAGAAAAGAGAAAUAAGGAGAAAGCAGGAAAGGAAAAUUGCAAAGAAGACAGGAUGUGAGUCCUGGAAGGAAGAAAGGACAAGAUCUUGGAGAAAAUGUAAGACUAUAAUGUCGGAUGUUCUACAAUAUCUGAUUCUGUGGAAAGGCACCCUGCAAACUAUUGGAGGUCAGUUUGGAGCCGGAAUACAAUCCUACUUCAGUUUCCUAAGGUUAUUGGUGCUAAUGAACUUUAUAACUUUCCUUCUAAUUGCUGGAUUCAUUCUGAUUCCCAACAUUGCCUUUAAUGCAUUAGGUUUAGAACAGAACUUUACCAUUUCUAAAACAGACGAUGUUUGUUUCAAGUAUAAUCCGAAUCCACAAGGACUAGAGAGAUUUUACGUCUUCAUCAUGGACAUCCUAAUGGGAACGGGUUUUAUGGAGCUCACUUAUAUGUUUUAUGGAUAUUACAAGAACUCGUCCGUGAACCUGGCUGACUUUUCCUAUAAUAUUCCUCUGGCCUAUCUUGUAACGACUCUGGUUUACUUUCUUCUCAGUCUAUUGUGGACAGUGAUCAGAUCAGUUCAAGGUUUCAAGCAGAGUUUGAUAACCGAUGAUUCAUCAAUGACUAAUUACACAGAUAAGGUGCUUUCAGGCUGGGACUUCUGCAUAAAAGAUGAGAAGAUUAUAAAGCAGAAGCAGAGAAGUAUUCGAUAUGAGUUAAAGGUAGAUCUUGAAGAGGAAAAAAUGAAGCGUCUCCAUGCCCAGCGUACCAUGAAUCAAAGAAUUAAAAUUUACUCCAUCCGAAUCUUACUUAAUUUCAUUGUCUUUGGCCUCAUAUGUGGCGCUUUCUAUUGUAUCUACCUUUCUACAGAACAAUCUCAACUACUGCUUGAAUCGGAAACAGUGAAGGGUAACUUCAUCCUGGAACUGCUGACUGGCUAUCUGCCUUCAAUCGUCAUCACAGCCGCCAACAUCCUUUUGCCGAUGUUAUUUAAUAUCAGCAUCAAAUGGGAGAAGUACAUUGUUAGCGUGGAAAUUAAGAUGACGCUAUUCAGGUGUGUGUUUCUACGGCUGGCUAGUCUGGGAAUGUUGCUGUACUCUCUAUGGAACAAUAUCACUUGUGGGGAUAGAGAAGAUAAAACACCUUGUGAGAUAUGCGGAUACAAUUAUGUGGACAACAAAUGCUGGGAGACACGGGUUGGUCAGGAGAUGUAUAAACUGAUGAUCUUUGAUUUCCUUACUGUCUUGGUAAAGAUAUUACUGAUGGACUUCCCUCGAAAGAUGAUUGUUGACCACUGUUCAUGUAAGCUCAUCCAGUUAUGGGGUCAGCAGGAAUUUGAGGUCCCCCCAUUUGUGCUGGACAUUAUCUAUGGGCAGACGGUAUGCUGGAUUGGAACCUUUUUCUGCCCUUUGCUUCCUCUCCUCAACACAAUAAAAUACUUCAUCAUAUUCUAUAUGAAAAAGCUGACACUAUUCAGCAACUGCCGACCAGCCAGUCGCACAUUUCGGGCAUCCAGUGCAAACUUCUUUUUUCUGCUGGUGUUGCUCCUUGGUCUUGCCAUAUCUUGGGUGCCUGUCUUGUAUAGCAUGUUUUCUAUGACUCCAUCAAAAGCCUGUGGUCCCUUUAGAAACCAGGAGUUCAUCUGGGAUACUAUUUCCAUGUCUGUUGAGGUCCUACCAAGAGUCGCCAGGGAAUUCUUUCAGUUUAUUGGAUCGCAGGCGUUUGCGAUACCAUUGUUCUUCUUUUCAUGUAUUAUCAUGUUCUACCUCAUGGCACUUGGAAGUUCAUAUGGGAAACUAGUGAAAACACUCAAAGAUCAACUGCAAAUGGAAAGAAGCAGAAAGAUAUUACUGAAUCAGGCAUACCAGUAAAGCCAGAUUCAAGAGCAUCAAUGAGGAUAUUCACAAGCUUCAACAAUCUAAAGUGGAUGUUAUUUUCCAGCAAGCCAUACCAUAUAAAACAUGAAUAGAAGUCAUAUGUUUGACAUAAUUAUAACUGCAAUGUUAUUGCUCACAGCCCAUUAGACUGUAACUUUAAUGCAUUGUGACAGUCCCACCCCUGAGGAGCCAUCAAGUGUAUAUUACACCGUAGACUGUAUGGACUUUAUUUACUGGGUGACAUCACAUUCCCUGCUGUAUACUGAUCAAUUAAUAAUAAUUCCACCGUUAUAAUUCAGGAGAUAUGUUAGCAAAAAUGCCACACCAACACCGUGUUGUCUGAAACCAGUCAUUGUGUAUAUAUGUAUAUAUAGUUAAAUGUUUAAUGAUAUUGACUUUUGUUGAAAUCAUAUAUCAUAUCAUAUAUCUCAAAUAGACAUGUACAGGAUCAAGAAGUGUGACUGGAUCACUUGGCACUUCGUGGCAAUAAAUUGACGACUUAUGCUAAA